CAGGCGCGUCCAGAUUCCCGGCAGUGACGCGGCGGCGGGCGCGCGCGGCGCAUUUCCGCCUCUGGCGAAUGGCUCGACUGUAGUGCGCGCCGCGGGCCCAGCUGCGACCCCGGCCCCGCCCCCGGGACCCCGGCCAUGGACGACCUCUUCCCUCUCAUCUUCCCGGCGGCAGAGCCAGCCCAGGCCUCUGGUCCCUAUGUGGAGAUCAUCGAGCAGCCCAAGCAGCGGGGCAUGCGCUUUCGCUACAAGUGCGAGGGCCGCUCAGCAGGCAGUAUCCCAGGAGAGAGGAGCACGGAUACCACCAAGACCCACCCCACCAUCAAGAUCAAUGGCUACACGGGGCCAGGGACAGUUCGCAUCUCCCUGGUCACCAAGGACCCCCCUCACCGGCCCCACCCCCAUGAGCUCGUGGGGAAAGACUGCCGGGAUGGCUUCUAUGAGGCUGAGCUCUGCCCGGACCGCUGCAUCCACAGCUUCCAGAACCUGGGGAUCCAGUGUGUAAAGAAGCGGGACCUGGAGCAGGCCAUCAGUCAGCGCAUCCAGACCAACAAUAACCCCUUCCAAGUUCCUAUAGAAGAGCAGCGCGGGGACUACGACCUGAAUGCUGUGCGCCUCUGCUUCCAGGUGACAGUGCGGGACCCAGCAGGGAGGCCCCUCCACCUGUCACCUGUCCUCUCUCAUCCUAUCUUUGACAACCGUGCCCCCAACACCGCCGAGCUCAAGAUCUGCCGAGUGAAUCGAAACUCUGGGAGCUGCCUUGGGGGGGAUGAGAUCUUCCUGCUGUGUGACAAGGUGCAGAAAGAGGACAUCGAGGUGUAUUUCACGGGACCAGGCUGGGAGGCCCGAGGCUCCUUUUCACAAGCUGAUGUGCACCGACAAGUGGCCAUUGUUUUCCGGACACCCCCCUACGCAGACCCCAGCCUGCAGGCCCCUGUGCGCGUCUCCAUGCAGCUGCGGCGGCCUUCCGAUCGGGAGCUCAGCGAGCCCAUGGAAUUCCAGUACUUGCCAGACACAGGAUGUCAACUUUUGGGACAGGAACCUUGUCUGUCAGGGCCAGAUCCCCAGUGGUUGGAAUGGAGCCUCGCAAGCAAUGACCGUCACCGGAUUGAGGAGAAACGCAAAAGAACAUACGAGACUUUUAAGAGCAUCAUGAAAAAGAGCCCUUUCAAUGGCCCCACCGACCCCCGGCCUCCAACCCGGCGCAUUGCUGUGCCUUCCCGCAGCUCAGCUUCCAUCCCCAAGCCAGCUCCCCAGCCCUAUCCAUUUACGCCAUCUCUCAGCACCAUCAAUUUUGAGGAGUUUUCCCCCAUGGUCUUUCCUUCUGGGCAGAUCCCAAGCCAGACCUCGGCCUUGGCACCAGCCCCUGCCCCAGUCCUGGCCCAGACCCCAGCCCCUGCCCCUGCCCCAGCCAUGGCAUCAGCCCUGGCCCAGGCCCCAGCCCCUGUCCCAGUCCUAGCCCCAGGCCUGGCUCAGGCUGUGGCCCCGCCUGCCCCCAAGACCAACCAGGCUGGGGAAGGGACACUGACAGAGGCCCUGCUGCAGCUGCAGUUUGAUGCUGAUGAAGACCUGGGGGCCCUGCUUGGCAAUAACAACGACACAGCCGUGUUCACAGACCUGGCAUCUGUCGACAACUCUGAGUUUCAGCAGCUGCUGAACCAGGGUGUACCCAUAGCCCCCCACGCAGCUGAGCCCAUGCUGAUGGAGUACCCUGAGGCUAUAACUCGCCUGGUGACCGGGUCCCAGAGGCCCCCUGACCCAGCUCCCACCCCCCUGGGCGCCUCUGGGCUCACCAACGGCCUCCUCUCGGGGGAUGAAGACUUCUCUUCCAUUGCGGACAUGGACUUCUCAGCCCUUCUGAGUCAGAUCGGCUCCUAAAGGGGUGACACCUACCCUGCCCAGAGCGAGCACUUAACAGAUUCUGGGGGGGUGUGCUGCAACUGCCCCCAACUUUGUUGGGUGAUGUCUUCCUGGGGAGGGGGGUGCAUUUUAUUCUUUUAUUGGCAGUGUCUAUCUCUCUCUCUUUUUGGAGGUGCUUAAGCAGAAGCAUUAACUUCUCUGGAAAGGGGAGAGCUGGGAGGGCUCAAACUCUUCCUUCUCCUGUCCUGAUGUUCAGUUCCAUUCUCUGUAUAGGGAAUUCUGGGGGCCCCAACCCCACCCUCCAGCUUCUAGUACUUUCCUAGAGAGGGACAGGCUGGAGCUAUGGCCUUUGAGGCCACAAAGCCUUAUUACCAAGUGUCUUCCUCAAAUCAUGGAUUCAUUUACACUUUGAGCCAAAAUAAUGCCCCUGUUACCAGCCCCUCUGUAGUGCUGGCAUUGUCUUAGUGCCUAACCACCAGCGUUUGAGGGGCUGGCCUUCCUACCCUGCAGAGGUUUCUGCCAGCUCUUUCCUUGGUGGGCUGUGUAUGAAGGGACAGGUGGGACAGCACUGGCCCUCUACAGGAUCCAGGGAGGUUCUGAGACUUCUCUGUUCCCCCUUUUCUCAAGUGCCUUAGUAAUAGGGCGAGUUGUUUAUAGAGAGUUGAGGGGAGAGCUGGCUAGCUGCUCUCUAGUCAAGAGGCUCAGUUUUUACUGAAGAAUCAAAGCAUUUGGACUUUUGCUUUUUCUACUCUAAACUAAUAAAUUUGCCAAGCUGGCCA